CAGAGGGGAAGAGACAGCGCAUUGAUCAACACUGAAAGCUACUCUUUGGACAUCUUUGGCAAAAUGAGAAUAUUACUUGUGCUGGUUCUAAUUUUAACAGCUUCUGCCAAACCGCCAGUUCAGGAUGGAAUCUCACCACUUGUGAAGGAGGAUGUUGUGUCAGUGGUUAAAGAAGAUCCAAUAGAACAGCAGGCAAAAGCAGAACAAGGCCCUUUGAUGCAGGAUAAAGCUGUUGCAGAUUCAGUUGUGUUGGAACCAGAGGCAACAGUAGAAAAGACAGAACAACAAGAGGAGUCUGUGAUGUUGGAAGAACCUGUGCUGGAGGCAAAUUAUCUGAUGGAGGAGAGCCCAGAGACAGAACUAGAGCCUGAUUCAGCAAUAUCUGAAGUCGUUCAAACAAAGCAAAACAGACUUGAGGAGGAGUCUUUAAUGGAGUUGGAGUCUGUGAGUUUAACGGAGGUGGCAUCUGAGGAAGAAGCAAAUUUGCUAAUGGAAGAGCCUACACUGGAGGCAGACUAUAUAGUGGUUGAGGAGCCGGUAGUGGAACUGGAACCUGGGAGGGUACGGUGAACGAUAUUACAGAAAGGGAAUUGUUCCUGACAAACAAGUCCCCAAACCCCAGCCUUCUAUUUGCCACCUCCUCGAAAGCUGCCACCCUCCCCAACUCCGCACACCACUCCGGAAAUGAUGGCGCUCUGUCCGACUUCCAACCCCUUAAAAUAAUUUGUCUGCCAAUCAUGAUACUGGUCAGAACCCAAUUUUAUAUAUUUAUAUAUGUUUAUCCUCCAAAUUUAUGACCGCCCCAUCGCCCAAAAUACAAAGUCUGGGGCAAAGUAAUAUUUGAGUGCCCAAAAUGUCACACAAAAAACUCUGAACCUUUAACCAAAAUUCCUGGAUAUUAACAAACUCACAAAAGACAUGGGUUGUGUCUCCAACUUCUGAUUGGCUUCACCAGAAGGUGUGUGUCUUUAAGACCAAGCCUAUACAAUCUAGAGGAGGGCCAGUAGAAUCUAUGUAAAAUCUUGAAUUGCAUCUCUAGAUGCAGACUUGACGAUUUUUAGAAUCCUAAAUCAAAUCAAAUCACUUUUAUUGUCACACAACCAUAUACACAAGUGCAAUAGUGUGAUAUGAAUGCCACUGCAAUGUAAAAACUUAAGGGUUAUUGUAUACAUGUUUACAAGUGCCUUUACCAAAAUAAAAGUGCAAAAACUAACUUUGCGCAAAUGGAAUGAUGACUGAAGUGUGGUGGUAUGUCCACAGGGAAGCGCCGUUGUAGAGGAGUUGUCUUACAGGGCAAAUGUUAGGAGUUCUUCAGAGGACCCAAGAGUGCCAGCAGUGCUGAGGUAUCAAAGGUUAGAUAACACCUUAAGAAGCUUAGUGUUUAUUUAGAUUACGGUUAUGGCAGUCAAAUAAAAUUUGGGCCAAAGGAAACCUUCAUCUAGUUAUACUGUAUAUCAGGGUUACUCAACUUUGGAAAG